AUGAAGCUAGUGUGGUUAGCGGCAGUGGUGGCGGUGGCCACCGCGUCGGCGGUGAGGGAUGACCUUAACGUCCUCAUCGGGAAGGACAGCUUAGUCAACUUGGAUGUUAAGUCUAAGGAAAUGUGCAUCAAGAAACUUCUAAACCACAUUCUCCAGCCUACCAUGUACGAAGACAUUAAGGAUACCGCUCGCGAAUAUGUGCUUGAAGAGAACCUCGACAAAUACCUCCAAGUGGAUUCGGUCAAGAAGUUCAUAAACAUGUUCAAAAUGGGCUUGCUCCCCCGGGGCGAAGUCUUCGUCCACUCCAACGAGCUGCACAUCGAGCAGGCGGUCAUGGUCUUCCGCCUACUGUACUUCGCGAAGGACUUCGACUCGUUCAUUAGGACCGCUUGCUGGCUGAGGGAGCGCAUCAACGGCGGCAUGUUCGUCUACGCCCUGACUUGCGCCGUCUUCCACAGGCCCGACUGCCGCGGCAUCGCCGUCCCCGCGCCCUACGAAAUCUACCCCUACUUCUUCGUGGACAGCCAAAUCAUCAAUAAGGCGUUCAUGAUGAAGAUGUCCAGGGCCGCAAAAGACCCCGUCAUCCAAAACUACUACGGAAUCCAGGUGACCGACAAGAAUCUGGUCGUCAUCGAUUGGCGUAAGACCGUCCGCAACACGUUGUCCCAGGACGACAAAAUUUCCUACUUCACCGAGGACAUCGACCUGAACACUUACAUGUACUACUUGCACAUGAACUAUCCCUAUUGGAUGAAUGAUGACGCCUACGGUCUGCAAAAGGAGCGUCGCGGCGAGGUCACUAUGUACGCCUACCAGCAGCUGUUGGCCAGGUUAAGACUGGAACGCCUAAGUAACGGCAUGUGCGACAUUAAGAUGUUGAUGUGGAACGACGAGGUCCAGAAUGGCUACUGGCCCAAGAUUCGUCUUCACAAUGGUGAAGAAAUGCCCGUGCGCCAGAACAACGUCAAACUAAUCACUAAAGAGAACUUGAAGGAUAAAAUCCUUUUGGACGACAUCGAGAAAAUCAUCCGCGAAGGUAUACUGACUGGACAAAUCAUGCGUCGUGAUGGCACCAUCAUCAAUUUGAAGAAGCCCGAAGAUGUCGAAUACCUGUGCAGACUGAUCUUAGGCGGAAUGGGCAUGCAGAACGAUGACGCCAAGGUCAUCCACGUAUCGAACCUGAUCAAGAAAGUGCUAUCAUACAGUUUAUACAACGUUGACAAAUACACUUACGUGCCAACUGCACUUGACAUGUACACCACGUGCUUACGUGACCCGCUCUUCUGGAGAGUGAUGAAGCGCAUCGUCGAAAACGUCGUUCUUUUCAAGAAGCUUCUGCCGAAGUACACCCGCGAUGAGCUCGACUUCCCCGGGGUGAAGGUGGAGCGCGUCGUUACCGACAAGCUGGUCACGUUCAUGGACGAAUACGACGUCGACAUCACCAACGCGCUGUACCUGGACGAGGCCGAGAUGGGCAAAAAACGCUCCGACAUGACGUACGUGGCGCGCAUGCGUCGCCUCAAUCACCAACCGUUCAAGCUCACCCUGGACGUGGCCUCCGAGAAGGCCACCGAGGCGGUCGUCCGCGUCUUCAUCGGUCCCAAAUACGACUGCAUGGGCCGCCUGCUCAGCGUCAACGAUAAGCGCCUCGACAUGGUCGAAAUCGACAGUUUCCUGUACAAACUCGACACUGGAAAGAAUACGAUCGUCCGCAACUCCAACGACAUGCACGGCGUCAUCGCGGACCGGCCCUGGACGCGAAACACGUUCCGCGCGGACACAGCCUCCUCCACGAUAAGCAGCGACAGUUUGGUAGAGAACUGGUGGUACAAGGCACGUCUCGGCUUCCCGCAAAGGCUUCUCCUUCCCCUGGGCCACCUCGGCGGUCUCCAGUUGCAACUGUUCGUAAUGGUGACUCCCGUGCGCAGCGGCUACGUCUUGCCCACCAUCGAUGUUGGCAUCAUGAAGGAACGCCGCGUGUGCCGCUGGACCACCUGCAUCGACAACAUGCCACUCGGCUACCCGUUCGACAGGGACAUCGACGUCACCUGCUUCUACACGAGUAACAUGAAGUUCGCGGAUGUCACGGUGUACAGGAAGGACAUGGGAAUGUCGAACACGGUGAAAGAGAUGGACAGGUCCGAUAUGGUGAUGAAGCGUGACGACCUCACCUACUUGGACACCGACUUGCUCGUCAGAUGGUCGUACAAAGACGUCAUGCUAAUGAGCACCGACCAGAUGUUGAGGAUG